CAUAUCGAAGCAAAGAACCAGCUCGUUGGUGGAGAGAGAGAGAGAGAGAGAGAGAGAGAGAGAGAGAGGAGAAUGGUUGGUAGUGGUGGUGGUAGUUCAUUGACAGGGUUGCAAGAACAUGUGAAAUUAGCAAGAGAUUACGCUACUGAAGGACUCUAUGAUACUUCUAUCAUCUUCUUCGAUGGUGCUAUUGCUCAAAUCAACAAGCAUCUAAACACGGUUGAAGACCCUUUAAUUCGUGCAAAAUGGAUGAAUGUUAAGAAAGCUCUACUUGAGGAAACUGAAGUUGUAAAGCAACUAGAUACAGAGAGAAGAGCGUUUAAAGAUAACCCUAUUGGAAGACGCCCUCCGUCGCCACCAAUUUCUACAAAAUCAUCCUUUGUUUUUCAGCCAUUAGAUGAGUAUCCUACUUCAUCGAGUGGUUCUUUUGAUGAUCCUGAUGUAUGGAGGCCACCUAGUAGAGAUACUGCAGGUAGAAGACCCGCAAGGGGUGGUCAAGUGGGUUCUCGAAAAUCUCAACUAGAUGGAAAAUGGGCUCGGGGUGCUACAACACGGACAAGUACACCUACAACUGGGCGUGGUGCAAAGGCUGGUGGUGCUUCAAGCAAAGUUAACACAGGGAACCGAGCAUCUACUACCGGAAAGAAAGGCGGUGUUUCAGGAAAGUCUAGCAAGACAGAUGCAGUUAAUGGCGAUGCUGAAGAUGGGAAGUCAAGUAAGGGACAAUAUGACGGCCCUGACCCUGAGUUGGCUGAAAUGCUUGAAAGGGAUGUGUUAGAAACCUCUCCUGGAGUGAGAUGGGAUGAUGUUGCAGGUCUUACUGAAGCAAAAAGGCUUUUAGAAGAAGCUGUUGUGCUUCCCUUAUGGAUGCCUGAAUAUUUCCAGGGAAUUAGGAGACCUUGGAAAGGUGUCCUUAUGUUUGGUCCUCCAGGAACUGGAAAGACACUUCUUGCUAAGGCAGUUGCCACUGAAUGUGGGACCACUUUCUUUAACGUUUCUUCUGCUACUUUAGCUUCUAAAUGGCGUGGAGAAAGUGAGCGAAUGGUGCGGUGUUUGUUUGAUCUUGCAAGAGCUUAUGCACCAAGUACAAUUUUCAUUGAUGAAAUUGAUUCUCUAUGCAAUGCUAGGGGGGCUUCUGGAGAACAUGAAUCAUCCAGAAGGGUGAAGUCUGAGCUUCUAGUUCAGGUUGAUGGUGUGAGCAAUAGCGCAACAAACGAAGAUGGUAGUCGAAAAAUAGUAAUGGUCUUAGCAGCUACUAACUUCCCAUGGGACAUAGAUGAGGCGUUAAGGAGAAGGCUGGAAAAGAGAAUAUAUAUUCCUCUUCCAAGUUUUGAGAGUCGUAAAGAGCUGAUUCGGAUAAAUUUGAAAACUGUGGAGGUGGCUCCUGAUGUCAACAUAGACGAAGUGGCUCGUCGAACUGAAGGCUACAGUGGAGAUGAUUUAACAAAUGUUUGCCGUGAUGCUUCAUUGAAUGGAAUGAGGCGGAAGAUAGCAGGAAAGACUCGUGACGAAAUUAAAAAUAUGUCAAAGGAUGAAAUUUCAAAGGACCCUGUUGCGAUGUGCGAUUUUGAAGAAGCUUUGGUGAAGGUCCAACGAAGUGUUUCUCCGGCCGAUAUUGAACGCCAUGAGAAGUGGUUUAAUGAAUUUGGAUCAGCAUAAAGACUCACUAAUGGUAGUGUUGUUUUUUUAUACUACCACUUUGGUUGUCUUUUGGGUAGAUGAGUUGUUUGUAUUGUUUGUUGAUAUUUGAUUUGUUUUUUCUGAUGGGUUUCAUUGAUGUUUUAUGGUGUUGGAGGAUUUCAAUUGUUAAUUUGUAUCUUUGACCAAUGAAUAUUGAUGUAAUGUAAUCUAAUAUGAGUUUAAAGAUACUGUUCUCUCCUUAUGCAGUAAA